AUGCGCGGCUUCGGAUUCAAAGACAACGGCUUCUUCAUCUGCACCGAGACCACGCCCAGAUGCUUCGUGAUUCAGGAGGUUUGUGUCUUUGACGUCACUUAUUUACAACUCGGUUGUUGUGUUUGCUCAAACGAGUCGGUCAUGUCAUGUUAGUAAUGUUGUUAUUGUUAACGGAUUAUGCGCUUCCGAAUUCCGAGGAUUUAUGGGGGCGAACGGGGAAAAUGCCUGAAAUUUGAAAUUUUGAAGGAUUUUUGAAAAUAUUUCGAAAAAAUAAAAAGUUUAAAAUUUAUAAGGCAAGGUAAGGAAAGUAGUCAACCUGCCCCACUCAGAAUCAGCUCAAAAUUUUUAUAUAAUUUUUUUGCACCACCAAUAGUACCUAUAAAACGUUUUAGCUCGCCCCUUGGUUUUUUAAAAUUUAAAUAUUAGAAGUUCCCACCAAUUUAGCAGAACUUGGCAUUGUGUUUCAUUCACUUUUUUUGACUUUCCAGACAAUCUACGCCUACAAAUUCAAAAAUGUAGGUCUACUGAAAGGUUUUCUGCUAGUAUAUAAAAAAAAUGAUUAAAAGGCAAAAAAUGACAAGGUCAUAAGCUUUAAACGCGAUGCCAAUUUGGCGGGAAAUUCAAAACGUAAUUUUUAGAUCUUGAUUUUCUUGGGUUGUCUGGAAAGCUCGAUUUUGUACUUUGGUGAAGAUAUUGAUUGUAUUUACAUGAUCUUUUUAUACCAAAAGUUUAAAGUCUAUCAGAGCGGGGCAGGUCGGGUACUUUCCUUUUUAAUUCUUUUAUCUACCCCCAACCUUACCCCAAAAAAAUUUUAUUCUGAUUUUAAACCCUUCUUCACCUAUUAGGUUGUUCUUCGGGGGGUUAGAGAGCACAGAACUAUUUGAACAACCUAACAGCUCUACUGUAACUUUUCUGAUAUCGACCGGUUCGAAACUACCUAAACGUUAACUCAUUCGCAUUACAAUCCUUAAUUAAAUUUAUUCAGGUAAGCGACGUGAACCGUGCCCUGAAUGACAUAAACAAGAACUCAGCGCAGAAUGGGAACGCGAGCCGCCCGCAACAAGAAGCCGCCUCGCCUCACAUACCGUUCCUACCAUGGUGGUUCACAUCGGAAUGCCGACAACAGUUGUUGAGCAUCCCUUGUCCUCAAGGCCGAUCCACACCCUCAGGCUAUGAACCGUCAUCGACGCCAGAACCGCCGUCACGAUUGUCACCGGAGCAGUUGUAUCAGAGGUUGAGGAAUCAGCUGGAGUACUACUUCAGUCGGUAAGGAUUUUUUUGGUUUUUUGUGAUUUUAGGUAUGAAAUUGAAGGUUUAAAAUGGAAAAUUUGGCUUUUUAUUAAAGUAAACAUUUUCUGGCUUUAAUAUUUUUUGUUUUCACGGUUGAAAAGUCCGUAGAACUAUGAUUUUUUUUGAAAAAGUUUUUUAAAAUCCAAAAAUCUACAGGGGGGACCAAAUUCAAUUUUUUCGAAAAAAAAUUUUUUCGAAAAAUUUUUUUUGUGGAGUCAUUUAAAAUGUCAACCGAAGCAUACUAUUAACUUGUUGCCAUUUCCAGUGAAAACUUAAUGAACGACAGGUACUUGCGGUCCCAAAUGGACGCUGAUCAGUACGUGCCGAUCAAGACCGUAGCCGGCUUCCCCAAGGUUUCCAAAUUAACCGACGACUUUGCUCUUAUUGUACAGGUGCUAAGAGGUAGGCAGGACAUCAAACUUUUAAUUUUUUUAAAUCUAAAUUUGCAUAAUUUUGACCAAAAUCACUAAAAAUCAAUAAAAAAUCAUUUUUGAGCUCAAAUUUCGCAUGAAAAUGCUGACUGCAAUAUCCAUGUUAAUGAUGACAAUAUAGUCCUUCCUUAUCACAAUACUUCCAGACUCUCCCCAGGUUCAAGUUGACGACUCAGGACUAAAAGUGCGGCCUUGCAACAAACGCUGUACCAUAAUAUUGAGGGAAAUCCCGGAGGACGCGAAGGAAGAGGAGGUAAAGGCCAUGUUUGACGACUGUGUCAAGUACGUCAGCCUGAGCUACGGCCUCAACAACAGCUGGUAUGUUACAUUCGAGACGGAGGAGGACACUCAAAAGGCGUUCAUGCAUCUUCAAAGCCUCGGCCGGACGUUCAGAGGCAAACCAAUUUAUGUAAGUCAAGAUACGAAGCAGCUACGGUUGAAUGCGAAGCUUUACGUUAAGAUACAAAGCUACUGUUAAGAUAUCAGGAGUUUCAAUGAAGAUACGAAGCUUUUUAGGCCAUAUACUAUAGGUUUUAGCCAAAAUCAUAGACUUAAAAACCUCCUAAAAUGUUGUUCAAAAAAAUCUGCGCCAUUCUCAAGGUAAACGUUCAGGGUUAGGUGGUGCAGAACUUUCUGAACAUCCUAAUACCUUUAACUUCAAUGCCAUUUCUUAUGUGAUAUGGUAUGGAAGGGUAAUUUACUAGGCAUUUACGAGAAAAUACUGCCGUUUUCAUAUUCGUAUACGAAAUUUUACUCAAUUUACAAGACAUUUCAAAUACCACUGAAUCAACAUACAACGGCCAUAUGGUCGUAUGUCAAGUGGGGGUUUCGCUGAUUCGAUUAAAAACUGAAUGGGUGGUCUUUAAAAACCAAUUUGUGGCCGGCGAAGGACUUCAAAAAGCAACGGGUUUUGGUUAACAUGAAAAAUAGAGUAACAUGGACAUCAAUCUAUCUAGUGUAAUAUAGGAGAUGGCCAAAAAUUAGGAAAAACGUAAAAAAUCAUGAAAAACUUGAAAAAAAGGACAAAAAAGAUUGUGCGAGAGCCUAAAACAAUAUCAAAACUUAAUAUUAAAUUAGAAAAAUGUCAACUUUUUAUCAGAGGUACCUAAAACAUUAUAGAAGCUCCAUAUUGUAUUACAGACUUGCCAUUUUAAUAUAAAAAGAAUCGCAUUAGAAGCAAAACCCUAACUAGCAUUUUUUCAGGCUCGCAUAAAGACCGGUGGAGCCCCAAUCGUAACAGAUUCCUAUCAGUUCGGAGCUGAAGACAAAAUCAUAACAAACACUGGCACAGCCUACAAAACCAACGUCGGAAUGUCACCAGGAGGCGAGACUGUGAUAACCGGACAAAUCACAAUCCACGAUCUACCCUUUUCGGUCCCGGAUAUCCCAAAAUCAUCGAAUGAUAAGGAAAACUCGAGUUUCUGCCUCGGCCAAAUCCUCGCCAGCGCUGGCUUCGUCCCCCGAGCCAGCUUCAGGCCAAGUGUCACGAGUUCGGCAGCAAUUGCAGCUGCUCAGGGCACCGACAGCAAUGGUACCGCCUUGCCCGCGUUUAGUACACCAACUGUGCCGGCUUCAAUGCCAAUUUCCGUUGGAUCGCUUCAGAACAAGUUUUUGAGCAGCCGAGGAUAUUCGACCGGUAAGAUGACUAAAAAUAGUGUUUAUUAGAUUCCUUUAGUCAAUGCUACGUCUACGAACUCAAGUUUUCGUUUAAAUUUUACUUAAAAAUUUGAAAAAAAAAAUCAAAGUUCAAGGUUGGAAAUAAGGUACGGUAAAAUUACUGUAACGUCAAGAAACAGACAAAUUUCAAAAUUUUUUCAUUGCAUUAGUUGGCCAAACAAAAAAGCAACAAUCACAGAAAGUUUUAACUUCCUACCUACCUUUUGAAAAAGUUACAUCAAAAACUGUAAAUCACCUACCAAAAUUCAUGAAUAACAUAAAAUUCUCUCCUAAAACCCGAACCAAAUCCUAAUUUUCAGACAAAGCAACAAUCCCGGAUUCAAAACACAAAUUUGCCAAUGAAGUCUACUCGGAAAGGUCCAGUUUCAGCUACAAACAACGACCUUCGAAUCCACGGAGAAGUCCAUAUCUAUCAACUUCGAACAAUCAUAAUCAGAAGCCAUCGAAGCCUCACAAGUCGGUGGAAUUCAAGGAACAGUAAGUUUACGAACUGGUGAAGGUGUUUUAAAAAGAUAUUGGUUUUGACAACAGAUUUAGAUCUAUAUUGAAGUGCGAAAUUAACAAAAAAAAACAAUUUUACGUAGAGGGAAAAGGUUGACCCAUUAAUCAGUUUUGAGUCAAGUAAUUCUCUGGCUUUCUACCGAAUUUUCAACAACUUUAAAGCCCUUUAAAAUUUUAAACUAAUACCUAUUACCUUCAGAGACAAACCGAAAAGCAUUCUGUCAACAACAACCACAGCUUCAGCCCAAUCUUCGCCGCCAAACAUGAACAACAAUAACAACAACUAUCAGCCAAUCAAGUCGGCCAUAAAACCGAUUUCAAAGUGGAAAAAGGAAGAGAAAUCAGAGGAAUUUCAGCCGGAAUCACCUCCAGAAAACCAUGAUUCAACCAAGUUUGGCAUUGCCGACUUUCCGUGUCUGAUCGAGGAAGAAAGUCGAUCGGUAAAGCAGGUUCAGAUCAAGGAGCAGAAGAAGCCUCAAUUCAGUGCUGUUGUGGCCAGAAAACAUCAGCAACCGGCCCAGCCUAAGGCCGAUGAUAAGCGAAGGACUUAUGCCCAGACCGUGAAGAAGUGCUAG